AUGACCGAAUUAACUAUGCUUUAUCCAUCGAUCGUAACGACACCAUCAGCAUCAACCAUACCGGUUAAUAUAUCAGCGACAGGAAUUGCUACAGCUCACAAAUUACACAGUCAUCAUCAACGUGAUGAUGAAUUAUUGAAUUAUGAUGAUGAUGAUCUUGGAUCUGUAUCUUCAGAUGGUGGUCGUUCUUCAGCUACUAGUCAUGCAGUUGGUCUUGGUUCUGGUAAAAUGUCAAUGGAAUCGCAUGUGAAACGACCAAUGAAUGCUUUUAUGGUUUGGUCUCGGGGACAACGACGAAAAAUGGCGCAAGAUAAUCCAAAAAUGCAUAAUAGCGAAAUUAGCAAACGUUUGGGUGCAGAAUGGAAGCAACUUUGUGAUGCGGAAAAAAGGCCGUUUAUAGAUGAAGCAAAACGUUUACGAGCAUUACAUAUGAAAGAACAUCCGGAUUAUAAGUAUCGACCACGACGAAAACCGAAAAGUGUAACAAAAACGAAAGAAAAAUACCGAUUCACCUUGCCAUUUACCGCGUUCCCGACAACAAAUUUGCUAAGCCAACAAACAGUAUCACGGGCAACACCAUUUUAUCCAUCAAUUAAUCCUCUUGAUAUGGCAGCUAAAAUUGCCGCUGAUAGUGCGGCAUUAUCAAAAGCUACCGAAUUCCCUUACUAUCCACCCUUUUUUCAUCCGACCGCACCAACCAAUACAACAGCUGGCUUAAUGCCUGCUUACAAUCCGUAUGAUUUGCAACGAAAUGUAUUAGCCGCAUACGCAAUGAAGACAAAUGUCAUGGCGCAUGCAGCUGCAGCUGCAGUUGCAGUACAAUCACCUGUAACAAAUAGUAGUAAUAGUAAUAGCAAUACAUGUUGUACCACAACAGCUUUAACACAAGCUGCAUCAGCCGUAUAA